CACAGCUAACGGAGGCAGAGGCAAGAGCCAAGAGAAGGAGGCUCUCCUCGCGCGAGACUUCCAUCUCCUGUCAGAAGUGGGAUACAUCAUCGCAGCUAUUCUAAUCUCGUUGGCGACGAGGCCUAAAUGGGUCGUCGGGGCCACGGGCGGGACAUUCAGGAAGAGAUCGACGACGCGGAAAAAGAAACGAUCCGCCAUCUGGAGCGUCGAUGAUCUUAUAAACCGACGGCUGUUGCGUUGCAUUGCGUCAAGGAGCGGACGCAUUGCGUGACUUCGCGUUCAGUAGCCCGCGGAGAGUCGUGCGCGAAAUGCACGUGCACAAUUUCGAGACGACGAGCUUUUUCCGACUCACCGGGCAACCGUAACACUCGGGAAGAGAAGGCGAACGACUCGCGCGACAGUGGCUUUUUCUUCGCGAGACGCACAGCCGACUUGAGCUGUCAAAAUCUCAAAUAUAUCGCCCGACAUUCGCAGGUGCGCACGCGAGCGGGUUUGACGAGCUGGGUAAUUGACGCGAUCUUCCGGCGCUUGACUUUUCUCCUCAGGCGGUAACGAGUGGAAAAGUGCGGUGAAUUGUACAAAUUGCUGUCAGGGUGCCUCGCGCGCUGAUAAUACAUCAAAACACGGCGGAGAAAUGAGACUGCGAGGAGCAGAGCUCGCGCUCAGCCUUCUGCUGCUGCUGUUGGUGUCCGCGUUCGAGUUUUGCGCGGCCGACAACGACACCUGGGCUGUGACACGCGACGCGAAGGCGCGGAUAAUCAAGAAGCUGCGGAAGGACUACCGGAAGCUGAAGAAGCAGGAAGGAGCGUUGAAGCUGAUCGGAAGCGAGGCAGGCGACCACGAAGGAAACGUAGAGAUACUUCACGACGGGAAGUGGGGCAGUGUGUGCGACGACGAAUGGGACGACUUGGAUGCCGAUGUGGUUUGCAGGCAAUUGGGUUUCAACGGUGCAAUUAGAGCGACGACGAACGGGCACUUCGGCCAGGCCAGAAGAAGAUACUGGAUGGACAACGUUUACUGCGACGGAACCGAGGACGAGCUCGCAAAAUGUCGCUUCGAUAGUUGGGGUGUCUCCGACUGCGAUAGCAACGAGGCUGCCGGUGUGGUUUGCGUGCACGACGAGGAAGCGAAAACGACGUCGAACCCGCAGAAACCGCCGAAAUCAAAGAUAAAGGACACGCAUCUGCGGGGAACGGCAUUGCGGUUGUCCGGAGGCCGAGUACUUUCCGAAGGUCGAAUAGAAGUCAAACUUGGUGAUGCGGAUUGGGGUGUCGUCUGCGGCGACAGUUGGUCCAUGCUCGAGGCCGCCGUCGUCUGCCGUCAAUUGGGCCUCGGUUACGCGUCCGUCGCAACACAGACCGACUUCUUCGGCGGCGAGGUGAUGCCGAUAUCGAUCAGCGGAAUACAGUGCCACGGGAACGAGGGGAAUCUGGCGGAUUGCCUGCACGACAAGGUUGUAAACUGUCCAGGAAUAGCGAAAAACAUAGCUGGCGUGGUGUGCCAACGCGAGAUGGCUGAUCUCGUGUUCGAUCACAUCGAGCUGAUGCGCACCGCGCAUCUGGAAGAUCGCCAGCUGUAUUUGUUGCAAUGCGCGAUGGAGGAAAAUUGCGUGGCCUCGCAGGCCUACAAAGUGCAAAAGGACUCCGCAAACUGGUAUCUGGAGACCAGACGGCUGUUGCGGUUCACGGCGAGGAUUCUGAACGCGGGCACCGCGGACUUCCGCCCGGCUAUACCCAAGCAUCUUUGGGAAUGGCACAUGUGUCACAUGCAUUAUCACUCGAUGGAGGUGUUCGCGACUUUCGACGUGAUUGAUUCGAGCGGCAAUAAAGUCGCAGAAGGCCACAAAGCGUCCUUCUGCCUCGAGGAUAAUCAGUGUAUGCCCGGUGUCGAGCCCAGAUACGAUUGCGACAAUUACGGGGACCAAGGUAUCUCCGUUAAUUGCAGUGACAUUUACAAAUACAACAUCGACUGCCAGUGGGUGGACAUUUCCGAGCUUGAGCCAGGACAUUACACACUAAAGGUCGCGGUGAAUCCCGAAUUCAAAGUUGGCGAGAUGUCAUUCGAUAACAACGCGGCGAUCUGCCGCCUGCUUUAUACCGAAACUUUCGCGACUGUUCACAGUUGCAUAAUGGCACGUCCUUGACACGACCCCGCGCAAACGCAAGAACUUUUCCAGCUUCGGGCGGUUCACAAGGGUGAAAUUAACGUCGGCACGUUGACGUCGAUCAAACGUGGACGAAUAAGGAAAAUGACGACGCGCCGGCGAACUUCUGUGAACUUAAUGAAGCAACUCGAAACAACGUGCAAACACGAAUGAAUUUGUAAUGGAACACGUCAAUGCGUAACUCUUGCCCAAAAAAAAAUAUAUAUAAUCUCGUCCUCAGUAGAAUUCGCAUUUAUUACAGUCACGAGAGGAGAUUUCCAAGACCAGAAAGAAAAUAUUCCAAGCACAAUAUUUUUAAAAUUAAAAAAAUUUUGUCUUUUAUUUACAAAUCUUCAUAGAAAUUUCUUUUAAUAAGGGAGUAUUCUGUGUUUCAAAUAAACACAUUCUUCUUGAUUCAAAAGAAAAAAGUUAAAAUAAUAUCUAGUAAACUUCCGAUCAAUAGUCCACUUCAUUAAACUAAUAUAAAUUUUUCACGAAAGCUAUUGUUUAUUUUGUUGACAUAAAAGAAUUUAGAUUUAAGUAUCCGCCGAAUAAAUAUUUUUUUACUUCUAGAUAUUUUUUACUUCCGUGUGUAGGAGAGAAAUAGUCUUUCGGCAAAAGUUUCCGCUGAAAUAUGGGAUUACAGAAAAUAGCACUUUGCAACUGGAAUUUUUCUUUUUACGUGUUGGGAUAUUUUCCUUUUGGUUCCAGGAGAAUCCUCUUGAAAACAUAUAUAAGAAAUUCCGCUAAGCAUAAAAGAAUAAAGAUACUUGAAAAUAUAUUUGUUAGAUAUAAAGUUCAUUCGCAGAAAUAUAAACUUGAAUUUCACAAAAAUAAACCUCAUAUCCUACAAAUAAAUUUCCAAGUAUUUUUUCCUCGG